AUGAGUGAAGAAAUUAACUUCACCAUUACAGGCGUUCCUAUCCACUUUCCAUAUAAGUAUAUCUACCCCGAACAAUACUCAUUCAUCAAAACAGUGGUGAGUGGUGUAACUUCCAAGACACCUCCUCACAAACAGAUUGUCAUAGAAAUGGGAACGGGCACUGGGAAAACAGUAUCGAUCAUUACAGCCGGCAAAGGUCUUCUAGGAACCACUGGAAGUAACGUCGACCAUGUCAUUUAUUGCACAAGAACCGUCGACGAAAUGCGACAAAUAUUCAAAGAACUGAAAGUCCUUAAUAUUCCCGCGGUAGCACUCGCGUCACGAAAACAUAUGUGUCUUCUCGAAGAUGUUCGCGACAGUCCACACGCGUCAGUGUUGUGCAAGGAAAGACGUGAGAGUGGGUUUUGUCAAUAUUACCAAGACAUAGAAGACAUCAAUAUCCCCCCAAUAGCGGGUGUCGACGACUUGGUUGAGUUUGGGAAGAAAAAUAGACGAUGUCCGUACUAUUGCUCGCGUCGAAACUUCUUUAAAAGUCCGUUUAUAGUCUGCACAUACAACUACUUAGUCGAUCCUAAAGUCGAGAAUGUGACGAUUGGUAAAAUGUCCGAUUUGCAUAGGACUCUAUUAGUCUUCGAUGAGGCACACAACAUCGACAAUGCCUUUGUCGACGCGCAAACGAUGAGUCUAUCCCUCGAAACAAUCGAACUUGCCACUGUCUCAUUAACAAGACUCUCCAAAUUGUUAACAGCGGAGAAGUCCAAGGAGAGUCUUGAAAUGGAGUAUAACAGGUUGGUUGAAGGCCUUCGAAGAUCGCAAGCUAUUUAUGAAGACGGGGAGCCUUAUUUCUAUAACGAAACAAAGAAGAAUGAGGCUGGCGAGGACGUUCCUUAUGACAAAGUGCUUCCCGGGAGUUUCAGAAAUUCGUCCCAGUUUGUUGCGAUCUUAAAACGUGUUGUCAACUUCUUUAGAGAACGAUUGCACGAGGCGCAAUCGAAGAAGGAUCAACGAUUGAAAGGGCAACAUACUGCGCAAGUGAAGGAUAUUGUUACCUUGUUGUGUGAUGUGUUAGUCAUUCCUCCAGAAAUCAUCAAGUCGCUACCAACACGCCUCCGAGUGUUAAUUAAAACCCUUGGAGAUGAGGGAGGGGAGAGGAAAGAUGUGACUGGCGACCACUUUUACUAUGACGCGUUAUAUUUAGUAGCGGACUUUGCUGCGUUGUUGUGUAUUGGACAAGAAGGGUUUUCGUAUGUUCCCGAUGUCGUAAAAAAUGACGAAGACAAUGAGGUGCAUCCCAUUCUGUAUUUGGUGUGUGUCGAUGCGGCAAAUGCGGCGCAGAAUGUAUUAACCAAAAUGCACACAACACUCUUCACGUCGGGGACGUUAGCCCCUUUGGACACAUUCAUCAAGUUACUUGGGAUGAAUAACGUUGUUGAAAAGAAACAAAUAGUUUCCCCGGUCUGUGGUGUCGGUCGGCGGAUCUGUCCGUUGUUUGUGACGAAAGGGUUUGAUCGUAUUGCCGUCUCGUCACAAUUAGCGGACGCGAAGAUGUCGCAAUUGCGCGGUGAUGGCUUUUCAACGCAAUUUCCGUUCCGAGCGGACCGACUGAUUUUACACUCCUAUGGCAAAUUGAUUGUUGAGUUAUCGAAAAUUGUUCCUGAUGGUAUAUUGUGUUUCUUCCCUUCAUAUGUCUACAUGAACUUAUGUAUAUCACAUUGGGAUGAAAUGGACGUGAUUGGUAACAUUUUACUCAACAAAUUGCUCUUCAUCGAGUCGAAGAAUGCGGAGGAGACAUCAAUAGCGUUUCAGAACUAUCGAUUGGCAUGCCAUUCGGGGAAAGGUGCGGUGAUGUUGGCUGUUGCGCGUGGGAGGUUGAGUGAAGGAAUUGAUUUUGCGGACCAUCUUGCACGAGCUGUUGUUAUCAUUGGAGCGCCGUAUCAGCAAACAAGCCCUAUCCCUAUACAAGAACGAUUGAAUUACUUGGAUAAGAAAAAGGUGAUAGCAAAAGAGGACUAUUUUGUGUUCGAUGCGAUGCGCGCAGCAAAUCAAUGUGUUGGGAGGUGUCUACGUGGUAAAAUGGAUUACGCUGUUGUUAUUUAUGCGGACAAGAGGUACAAAUUUAAUGACGCUAAAAUCUUGAAUACAAUGCCACAAUGGAUUAUAGACGCUUUAAUGAAACAGAACGCAGACUUGUCCGCUGAUCAGAGCGUCGUUAUAGCUAAAGACUUCUUGAUGAAAAUGAGUUUCUCUUUCGACUCCGAUUUUCCUUUGGAAGAUAUGGUAGGAAAGACACUCUGGACUGAAAAGGAUGUCUUAAAUGAACAGAUGAAACAACAGUAA